CUCGCGCCUCGGAAGGUCAGGGCGGAUGCGGCCGCCAUGGAGCCGCUUGUGCAGCAAACGGAGCGCUUCUCCGAACUGCUGGCCGUGUCGUGUGGGACGCUGGUGAGCACGUGGGACGCCGCGAAGGUACGCAGGGCGCUGCAGUGGGCGCGCUAUUUGCUCCACGUGUACCGACGCUUUGCGGGCCGCAGCCGCGUACGCGAGGCGCUAGAGAGGCGGCUCAACGCACCGGGAGGGCCGCUCGGGCUGCGCAGCUUCGUGGCGCUGGAGUCUGGGGACGUGCGGCUGGCCCUACGCCUGCUGCGGAACCGCGCUCUCGCGCCCGCCGCCUCCCGGGCUCUGCCGAGCUUGCUGUUCCCAGGCCCUGCCGCGGACCACGAAGACGAUGUGCCGCAGUCGCGCUUGGUCCUCCUGGCGCGCCGCGGAAGCGCGCUGCACCUGCUGUUCCGCCUCGGUGGGGACGCGCCUCGGGGCGCGCUGCUGCGCACGCACGCGGAGCUGCUGUACGCGCGCCUGCAGGAGCUGGGCGGUGCCGACUCCACGGCCGCGCGCAAACUCCUGGACACGCUGUGGACUCAUGGGCCGCGGGAGCACGUGCUCAGCGUGACCGCCCAAGCGCUGCUGCGCGAGGCCGACCCGGAGCCCGCCCAGGCCACAGACGUUGCCGGUGCGGAUGAGACACAGAAACUACUGCACUGGCUUCUAGAAAGUCCCGAGGUAUUGGCCGCUUUUUGCCGCCAUCUGCCAGCUAAGCUCCUGGCCUCCGUGGCGGGCUGCCAUCACACACUGUCUCGCGCCUACCUGGACCUGCUCACAGCGUGGGCCACGCGGCUGCAGUAUGAUCUGCAAAAGGGCGCCUGGGUCCCCACACAGAUGGAGGACAUGCCCUGGGAAGAGCUGUGCCCAAGGCUGCAGAGCUUGUGCCAUGCCCAGCCAUUUCUGCAGGAUGAGGUGCUGGUGACCCUACGCUCCUGCAAAGCCUUGGAUGGAGACUUUGAGGUUCCAGGAAUGAGCAUCUGGACAGACCUCCUGCUGGCCCUGCCUGGUCCUGCUUGAAUGUGGGAUCAUGCUAGAGUAGAUUUCUCAGUUCCCAGGCUGGGCAUCCUGUCCCAUGGAGGGAACAGCAAGCGUACCUCUCACCAAAGCUUCUAUGUACUUCUUGCUACUUCUUGACUAUACAGUUUACAAAUUGUCGGUGUUCUCACCAAUUCCCUAUGUACAUGAUCCCCAAACCUUAUUAUUUAAGGUGCCAAUUUUAAACAGUUUGUAAUAUAAAUAUAUAAUAUGCACAAUAAAUAUACUAUAAUAUACAUAUAUAACAUAUAUAUAUAUAUAGUUGUUUCUGUUCUGGUGAUGAAUGCAGGACCCUGCCUAUGUUAAACAGUGUUCACCACUGAGCUACAUCCCUAGCCUUCAAAGUAUUCUUAAAGCCAUUGGAUUUUCAGCUUGUUUUGUAUAAAGCUAAUUUGUAAGAAUACUAAAAAUAGGUGCACUUUAAAAAGGAAAUGCAUCUUUAAAUUUUCCAAGAAGGAUACUUUUUGUCUGUAUGAUUUACUGGUUUCCUGACACUCUUCAGUAGUACAAAGCUCUGUUUAACAAGCAGCAUGUGUUGGGUACCAUCAAGUGUUAACUUCAAAGCUGACAGGGCUAGAGUUAAAGCCCUAGACUUGCUCUCCUUAACCUAUUUACCAAACUUAAUGUGCAUUAAAGUUGCAUUGCUAAGAAA